CGGCGAAGCUUUCAAAUAAAGGAGGGAGUUUUGUGCAAGCAAUGUCUUCAACCUUUCGCCGGAAAGCCUACGCUUCCUCCAACUCCAUCCCCAUCUCCCUAUAAAUCCCCGCCCCGAACUACCCCCUCUCUCGCACCGCGUCCUCCCCCUCUCCCGGAAAAAUGGCUGCUUUCUUCUUUGCCUUGUUGCUCUUCUUCGGCGUGUCCGGUGCGGCACUGAUGGUGGAGGAAGAAGUCGGCCUCCCGGAGGGCGCCAACUUCCCCGCGCCGCAGGCGGAGAGGCUCAUUCGCGGGCUUAAUCUUGUCCCGAAGGAGAUAUGCGCCGAUGCUGGCUCCGCCGCCGGCGCCGGCGCCGGUGCCGGGAGGCUCGUGGAGAAGCGGGUCCGGUUCCCUGGCCUUUCUGGUGGAGGUCCCAGCGUGGAGGAGCUCGGCCACCAUGCCGGCUACUACCGUCUCCCUCACUCCCACGCCGCAAGGAUGUUCUACUUAUUCUUUGAAUCAAGGCAUAACAAGAAGGACCCGGUUGUCAUCUGGUUGACCGGAGGGCCUGGUUGUAGCGGUGAAUUGGCUCUUUUCUAUGAGAAUGGCCCAUUUAGCGUGACGGAACACAUGUCACUUACAUGGAAUGACUUUGGAUGGGAUAAGGCUUCAAACCUUUUAUAUGUUGAUCAACCAACUGGAACUGGUUUCAGCUAUACCACAGAUGAUGGUGACAUUCGGCAUGAUGAAAACGGAGUCAGCAAUGACCUAUAUGAUUUUCUUCAGGAGUUCUUCAAGGAACACCCUGAAUAUGCAACGAAUGACUUCUAUAUAACUGGAGAGUCAUAUGCUGGCCACUAUAUCCCUGCUCUUGCAAGCAGAGUUCACCAAGGAAACAAAGCUGGUGAAGGAAUUUAUAUUAAUCUAAAGGGCUGUGCUAUCGGUAAUGGACUUACUGACCCAGCAAUACAAUACAAAGCAUACACAGAUUAUGCAUUGGAUACAGGACUAAUUCAGAAACAUGAUUAUGAAAGAAUCAACAAGAUUUACCCUGCAUGUGAAUUAGCUAUUAAGCUUUGUGGUACAUCUGGAAAUACUUCUUGCCUGGUCUCAUAUAUGGUUUGCAAUUCAAUAUUCAACUCAAUCAUGAAGAUCAUUGGGAAAACCAAUUAUUAUGACAUUAGGAAGCAAUGUGAAGGGAAGCUCUGCUAUGAUUUCUCCAACAUGGAGAAGUUCCUUAAUCAGCAGUCUGUUAGAGAUGCUCUUGGGGUUGGAGAUAUAGAUUUUGUCUCCUGUAGCCCUACAGUAUCCGAAGCCAUGAUGAAAGACUGGAUGAGAAACUUGGAAGUUGGUAUACCUGCUCUUCUUGAGGAUGGCAUCAAACUGCUUGUAUAUGCUGGGGAAUAUGAUUUGAUAUGCAAUUGGCUUGGGAAUUCGAGAUGGGUUCAUUCCAUGGAGUGGUCUGGUCAACAAGAUUUUGUGUCAUCACCUGAAGUACCAUUUUUGGUGGAUGGUGCAGAAUCCGGGGUUUUGAAGAGCCAUGGACCACUUAGUUUCCUGAAGGUUCAUGAUGCAGGUCACAUGGUUCCAAUGGAUCAACCCAAGGCAGCACUGGAGAUGUUGAGGAAGUGGACUCAUGGGGAACUUGCUGCUUCUUCCAAACCGGUCCUGCAUGGAGCAUUGUGAUCAUUCAUAUCGGGAGAAGACGAUCAUGUCACUCGCGAGAUGAUUGAAAAAGCAAAAAUAAUAAUUGGCAACUGUCAAGUUACGUCGUCAGGGUAAACAGACAGAACUUCACUAGGUUUGCGCAUUGUCAUGUAAUACUGGACUUUUAUAAACUAGAGUAUGCAACAAGCUUUGUAAUUAUUGAUCUUCAAAAUGUAAUGAUCUGAUAAGAUUCUGAUUGAUCGCGUGAUACGAAUAUAAAAAAAACUUCCUCUGGUUGUUCCA